UUUCCCGUCGGAGAGGAGCCAUGGCCGCCGUCUUCCUCCCGGGCAACCUCCAGGACGAAGCCACUUGCUCCGUGUGCCUGGAAUUCUUCAAGGACCCCGUGUCCAUCGAGUGCGGCCACAACUUCUGCCGCGCCUGCAUCACCAAGAGCUGGAAGGACCUGGAGCUCGACUUCCCUUGCCCGCAAUGCCGGGAGGUUUUCCAGCACAAGAGCUUCCGACCCAACCGUCAACUGGCCAACGUGGCCGAGAUCGUGAGCCAGUUUGCGCUGCGCGGGGCCAAGGGCGCCGAGGAGGACGGGCUCUGCGCCAAGCACCGCGAAGCCCUCAAGCUCUACUGCAAGGACGACCGCAGGACCAUCUGCGUCGUGUGCGACCGCUCCCGCGAGCACCGGCCGCACGCCGUGGUGCCCAUCGAUGAGGCCACCGAGGAGUACAAGGAGAAAAUCCAGGGUCGCCUGGAUUUCCUGAAGAAGGAGAGACAAGAUUUGCUGGAGUUUAAGGUGAACGAUGACAAGAAGACACAGGAGCUGCUGAAAACCAUCGAGACGGAGCGGCAGAGGCUGCUCUCCGAGUUCGAGGGGCUGCGGCAGUUCCUGCACGACCAGGAGCAUCUCCUGCUGGGCCAGCUGGAGAAGAUGGAGAAGGGCAUCGCCAAGAGGCAGAACGAGAACAUCACGGACCUCUCCAAGGAGAUCACUCUCCUCAACAAACUCAUCACGGAGCUGGAGGAGAAGAUCCAGCAGCCCAUGCUGGACUUCCUCAAGGAUGUAACGGCCACGUUAAGCAGAAGUGACCAAGUGAAGUGUCAGAAACCCGUCCCGGUUUGCACGGAUAUGAAAAUGCACGUGUGCAACUUUGCCCUCAAAAACGUCGUCCUCGAGAAAAUCCUGAAGAAAUUCCGAGAAAACCUGCGGGACGAACUGGGAAAAGGUGAAAAAGAGGAGCUGACCCUGGAUCCCGAGUCGGCCAACCACCUCCUCAUCCUCUCGGCCGACCUCAAGAGCGUGCGGAUGGGCUGUCGGAAGCAGGAGCUGCCCGACAACCCCAAGAGGUUCGACACCAACUCGCGGGUCUUGGCCACGCGCGGCUUCAAGUCGGGAAGACACUACUGGGAGGUGGAAGUGGGCGCCGCGGACGGCUGGGCCUUCGGCGUGGCCAGGGAGUCCGUGCGGAGGAAAGGCUUGACCCAGUUCUCCCCCGAGGAAGGGAUUUGGGCCGUGCAGCAGAACGGAGGGCGCUACUGGGCCGUCACGUCGCCCCAACGCACCCCGCUCUGCCCCGGCCAGAAGCUCAGCAAGGUGCGGGUCUACCUGGAUUACGAAGGGGAAGAGGUGUCCUUCUACGACGCCGACACCAUGCAGCACAUCUUCACCUUCAACGUGCGCUUCCAGGAGCGGGUCUUCCCCCUUUUCUCGGUCUGCUCCACCGUCACGUACAUCAAACUGUGCCAUUGA